AUGCUCCACUCCCCUGGCGUUCACACCUUGCAGCUGCUCACCCAGGCGGCCGCCUGCAUCCUCCUCUUCCCCCGCUUUCUGCUCACCGCCGUGAUGCUCUGGCUCCUGGAUUUUCUGUGUAUUAGGAAGAAGAUGCUAACGAUGCCCACGGCGGAGGAGGUGGCAGGCGCCAGCGAAGAGCCGCCCCCUGACGACCCCCCGGUCUGCGUGUCCGACUCCAACCGCAUGUUCACGCUGGAGUCGCUGAAAGCCGUGUGGCACGGGCAGAAGCUGGACUUCUUCAAGUCGGCGCACGUGGGCUCCUUGGCCCCCAACCCCGAGGUGAUCCAGCUGGACGGGCAGAAGAGGCUCCGCAUCCUGGACUUCGUCAGCGGGAAGAGGUCCUUCCAGCGCCUAGCGUCGCACUUCGUGGACAUUGCCGACUUCCUACUGGUGUACAUCGAAGAAGCACACCCCUCCGACGGCUGGGUCAGCUCGGACGCAGCCUACAACAUCCCCAAACACCAGUGCCUCCAGGACCGGCUGCGGGCAGCUGAGCUGAUGCGGGAAGGGGCACCCGAUUGCCCCUUGGCCGUGGACACCAUGGACAAUGCUUCCAGCGCCGCCUACGGUGCCUACUUCGAGAGGCUCUACAUCAUCCAGGAGGAGAAGGUGAUGUACCAGGGAGGUAGAGGACCAGAGGGCUACAAGAUCUCGGAGCUGAGGACCUGGCUAGACCAGUACAAAACCAGCCUCCAGAGCCCCAGCACAGUGGUCAUCCAAGUGUAA